ACAACGUUUCACUCUGUUAAAUGCAAGUAGGAAGGAAUGAUGAUUACUUCUCCCCUGUUGAAAGUGUUCUACUACUACACGCUGCUUUUCCUUUUCUGGAAUCACCAUUACCAAACAUGAAACCCUCUAAUUCGAUAAGUUUUAGACUUUCUUGGUACCCAUUUGAGUAAAAUCUAUGAAAUCAAUCUAGAAUUGGAUCCAAUCCAACCCAACUGACACCACCAGAACCCAACGGUAUGGGUUGCAAUCAGUCCAAGAUCGAGAACGAGGAGGCAGUGUCGCGAUGCAAGGAACGCAGGCAGUUCAUGAAACUUGCAGUCUCCGGCCGUAAUGCCUUCGCCGCCGCCCACUCUGCCUACGCUGUAUCCAUUAAAAACACCGGCGCGGCCCUCAGUGACUACGCGCACGGCGAGCUCCACACCAUCGCUUCCGCCGUCCCCGCUACCGAACCGACCUCAUCUAUGGCAACGACAGUGUCCAUGGAAAUGCCUCCUCCGCCGCCUCCUCCCAAGGAUUUCCAGCCCCUCAAACGGUCCGCCACCAUGCCUGAGAUGGUGCGCAAAGUCAGAGGAGAUCAUAAACCCAUGAGUCCCACGAUAGAGGAGGAGGAAGACGAGAUGAUGGAUGUUGAUAAAGAAGAGUUGGUGAGAAAAAGAAGUGGAAGCAGUCGUGGCAAGCGAGUUGCUUAUGAUGAUGAAGCAGAAGCACGGCUUCAGAAAGACCGACAACGUCAGAAGGAGGAACUAGAGAGGACGCGGGCCUCACCGGCACCUGCCCCUCAAAAUGAUUCGACAUGGGAAUACUUCUUUAAUACGGAGAACAUGCCAGGGCCGAGCUUGGCUGAGGUGGCAGAGCAACCGGAGGUGAAUGUGAACAAGGAGGAGAUUGAUCGGAAGGUCUUUGAUGAAAUGAUGAAGAAAGAGGAAGAGGAAGAGGAGGAGGAGGAGGUGGUUGUGCCAGAAACGUCAGUACCGGAUAAUGUAGAGGAAGUGGCUGUGCCAGAAGAAAUGGCAGCAGCGGGGAAGGUGGCGAAGAAGGGGAAGACAGGGAUAGGGGCAGGUCCUCCAGUUGUGGGGGAGAGGAGAGUGGGUAGGAUGAAUUUGAAUUUAAUCAAGAUUUUUGAGGAGCUUGAUGAUCAUUUUCUGAAAGCUUCAGAGACUGCUCACGAGGUUUCCAAAAUGUUGGAAGCUACUCGUUUGCAUUAUCACUCUAAUUUUGCAGAUAAUCGAGGACAUAUUGAUCACGCUGCUCGAGUUAUGCGUGUUAUUACAUGGAAUCGGUCAUUUAAAGGGCUUCCAGAUCUUUAUGGCGGAAGGGAUGAUUUUGACUCAAAAGAGCAUGAAACUCAUGCCAGUGUGUUGGAUAAGUUGCUUGCAUGGGAGAAAAAACUUUACGAUGAAGUGAAGGAAGGUGAAAUUAUGAAAUUUGAAUACCAAAAGAAGGUUGCUAUGCUGCACAAGCAGAAGAAAAAAGGUGCCCACUCGGAAUCAUCGGAGAAAUUAAAAGCAGCGGUAAGCCAUCUGCAUACAAGAUACAUUAUUGACAUGCAAUCCUUGGAUUCAACAGUUUCUGAGAUAAACUGUUUACGAGAUGAACAUUUAUAUCCAAAGCUUGUUCAGCUUGUUGAUGGGAUGGCCAUUAUGUGGGAUACUAUGCGGACUCACCAUGGGAGCCAGUUUAAGCUUGUGGCGGCAUUGAGAUCAUUGGAUGUUGCAACCCUGAGUUCCUUGGAUAUACAAUUCUCCAAGGAAACUAGCGAGCACGACCAUGAGCGCACUUUGCAACUAAGUGCUGUUGUGCAAGAUUGGCAUUUACAAUUUUGUAAGCUAAUAGAUCAUCAGAAAGAGCACAUAAAGGCCCUCAAUGGAUGGUUAAAACUAAAUAUCAUCUCCAUUGAGAGUAGUUUAAGGGAGAAGGUUUCUUCCCCACCAAGGAUUGAGAGUCCCCCAAUUCAGGCACUUCUCAUUCGCUGGCAUGAUUAUCUGGACAAACUUCCUGAUGAGGGUGCUAGAAGUGCUAUAAAUAACUUUGCUGCUGUAGUACACACUAUUAUCCAGCACCAAGAAGAAGAGAUGAAAUUGAGAGACAAAUGUGAGGACACAAGGAAGGAGCUUUCCCGCAAGACCCGUCAGUUUGAAGAUUGGUGUCACAAGUAUAUGCAGCGGAGGACACCUGAUGAAUUGGUUUCAGAGGGGGGUGAAGAUAACAUUCAUACCGAUGUUCUUGCAGAGAGGCAGUUUAUUGUGGAAAAUGUUAAAAACCGAUUGGAACAGGAGGAGGAAGCUUACAAGAAGCAAUGCAUUCAAGUACAGGAGAAGUCCAUCACGAGUCUGAAGACUCGCUUGCCGGAGCUCUUCAGGUCGAUGUCCGAAAUUGCUUUUGCAUGUUCCCAAAUGUACAAGAACUUGAGAUCUAUGUCUCAGAGCUGAAAAAAGAAGGGGAAAGAAGGGGAGAAGGAAAAAAGAAGUAUAACCUUCUAAUGUAUUAUAUAUGUCUUCAACUUCUGCAAUUUUUCUAUGGAACUAGCAGAGGGUUGUAUAUGUUAUGUUUAUUUUAUUUGUUUGUUACCAGCUUUAGGGUUCUCAUGUAUUCUCGACGAGGUUGGACAAUGCGGUUUGAUGAUCUUAGUAUGAUCUUUCCUUCGAAAUGUUUCAUGUACGAUUAAUUGAAAUACUGAAUGCUAUGACUCGCCAGGCCUAGCUAGCCUAGCUAUCCAUAAUUUCUAA